GAGUUUUAUCUAUUGUUCGAAAUUAUUAAAAAGUCGGUACAAAAGGACUUCCCCGUGUAAGAUGUAAUCCACAGUAUUUUGUUUUUCCUCUUCAUCCUCUUUAUAAAAUUCAAGCCUUCGUUUUUCUCUCCUCUUUGUUUUCUUUCGUUUUACGUGGUUUUGUGCUUCUUCUUAAAUUAAACUAAUGGCUGCAAUUCAUAAACUUGAGGCUGAAGAGGAUGCGGAUCCCAGAGCAGUUGUUCUCAGCAUCAGCGGCGGUGGAGACGCCGCACCGUCGAAGAACCCCAAAGAAGAGCCUGACAUAGACACAACUUUAGGCGCGAUGCCCGUGGCGGUGCACGUGCCGUCAGGUGUACCGGUACCGCCAGUCACGGCAGCACCCGCCGGGCCGAAACGAGCGUCCACGAAGGACCGCCACACGAAAGUCGAGGGACGUGGUCGGAGGAUCCGAAUUCCUGCUACUUGUGCGGCUCGGAUCUUUCAGCUGACCCGAGAAUUAGGUCACAAGUCGGAUGGGGAAACAAUUCGCUGGCUAUUGGAGCACGCUGAACCAGCGAUAAUAGCUGCCACCGGAACCGGUACCGUCCCCGCCAUCGCUAUGUCGGUUAAUGGGACCCUUAAAAUCCCAACAACCUCGAACGCUAACCCUGAACCCGGCGACCCUAGUAAAAAGAAGCACAAACGACCCGCGAAUAGCGAGUACGUUGACAUAAACGACGCCGUCUCAGUUUCAUCUGGUUUGGCUCCUGUUAUUACUCCUCAACAGCAGCAGCAGCAACAAGCCGCUGUUUUGCCGCAGGGUUUGGUUCCAAUUUGGGCCAUACCGUCAAACACCGUCGUUCCAGGAGCUUUCUUCAUGGUACCACCUAUGGCAUCCAUGGCCGGGCCUUCCACUCAGCCUCAUAUAUUCACAUUCCCAGCCACAGCUACACCGGUAAUUAACAUUUCAGCUCGGCCCAUAUCGUCGUUCGUGUCCGCCUUGCAAGCAGCAACGCCAAGUCAACUUCAAAGUAAUGUAGCAGUUACGAGUUGUACGGUUCCUGUUUCCAAGGCGGCUAAGACGACGUCGGUUAUGGCACCGAGUUCGAGUUCUGCUGCCAGUGCCACUACUACGACAACGACUCAGAUGCUCAGAGACUUUUCUUUGGAGAUUUAUGAUAAACAAGAACUUCAGUUCAUGACUCGAUCUUCGAAGCAUUGAUUGGCAACCAUGACAAGGGAAGAACGCAAAAAAAAAAAAGUGUUUCUUUUUCCUUCCUUGCUAUGUUUGGUUUCCAAUUUCAUACACCUCUGAUUGGUGGCUUCGUAGCUGGUGCAACCGCCAUGAACGAACGAACGAGCGAGCGAAGCCUAAAGGGUCUACGAGAUAACGUGGUCAUGAUCAAAAAUGGAAGAAGAAGAAGAAGAAGAAGAAGAAGAAGAAGAAGAAGAAGAAGAAGAAGAUGAUGAUCCUGGCUGCGGCAUCAGAUGCGCUUCCUCCAUGUUUAUCUUUUGCUAGAUUUUUAUUUCUGUCUGUGAAAUUAACUUGUAAAAUGUAAAUAAUUGUUUUAGUUUAACUCAUAUAAAAGUUUAGUUCCGAUUUUGAAUUUAGAAAUAUAUGUUUUUGUUAUAAAA